CAACGCAGCAAAACUUGGGGUGGUUGAUCUGCCUGUUCAUACAAAAGUCGUCUCUGCAUCUUGAAUAACUGAGACCAAGAAAUGAGCAAAUUUCUUGACAUGAAAAUCCUCCAAUUCUAGUUGACAAGGAGAAAGGGACAAAAACACCAGAACCCGUCAGACCCCCCAUACAAGAUGGCUGACAAAGAGGCGACCGUCUAUAUCAUCGACCUCGGGUCUUCGAUGGGAGACUGUAACAACGGUCGUACCGAAUCCGACUUGGACUGGAGCAUGCGCUACGUUUGGGACAAGCUAUGCACUACGACCGCCGCAUCACGCAAGACGUGGCAGGUCGGCGUGGUGGGCGUGCGGACGGAUGUUACUGACAAUCCCCUGGACGACGCUGGUGAGAAAGGCUACAACAACAUAUCUGUUCUCCAGAAUGUUGCUCCCAUGACUCUAUCUGCCCUCAAGUUGCUGCAGGACAAACUGGUCCCUAGCAGCACUUCGGAUGGUGAUGUCGUCUCGGCAAUCGUGGUGGCAAUCGCCAUGAUCGACGAGGCGGCGCCUCAGCGGCUCAAGUACAAGCGCAAGAUUGUCCUCGUUACGGAUGGGCAGGGAGCAAUUGAUGGCGAUGAUGUGGGCGAUAUAGCUAGGCGCAUCAACGAGUUGAACAUUGAAAUUACGAUCAUAGGAGUCGACUUUGAUGACCCUGAAUAUCCAUUCAAGGAGGAAGACAAGUCACAGCUCAAGGCCAGAAACGAGAAGCUACUCAAGUCCAUAUCGACUGAGUGUAAAGAGAGUGUUUAUGGCACGAUGAUCGAAGCUGUCGAUGAACUUGACACGCCCAGGAUCAAAUCGACAAAGCCAUACAAAAGCUUUGACGGCCAACUAACGCUUGGUGACCCGGAGACAUACAAGGAGAGUGCUCUAUCCAUUCACGUUGAAAGAUACUUCAAGACAAAACAGGCCAGGCCGAUUACCGCAAGCAACGUCAUGGUCAAGUCGGAGACAGAUGCUACACAAUCAGGACAGGAUUUUGAGGGUGGCGACGGUGCGGGCGGUCAGUUUGCCGACUUGAAGACGGCGAGGAAUUACAAGGUCCUGGACCCGGAUGCGCCAGGUGGUAAGCGUGAUGUUCCUCAAGAUGAACUGGCCAGGGGCUACCUCUAUGGCAGGACUGCUGUUCCAAUGCCCGAGUCCGAGUUCAACAUAACCAAGCUCGAGACCAAAAAGAGCUUUACAAUAAUUGGUUUUAUUGCGUGGGAAAAGUACGAGAGAUUUCUGAACAUGGGAGAAUCUUCAGUCAUCUUCGCCUCCAAGUUCAAUGAGAAAGACGAGCUCGCCUUCUCGGCUCUGGUCAACGCACUAUACGAGACAGAGUCAUAUGGUGUAGCUAGACUGGUCGCCAAGGACGGUAAAGAGCCGCAGCUUCUGCUGCUGAUGCCUCACAUAGACACAGACAUUGAGUGUCUCUACGAUGUUCCUUUGCCGUUCGCAGAAGACAUUCGCUACUAUCAGUUUCCGCCACUGGACAAAGUCGUCACGCUCGGUGGGCAGACUCUCACAAAGCACAGGCUACUUCCAAGCGACGAGCUGGAAGAAGCCAUGAGUGACUAUGUAGAUGCCAUGGACAUUUCCGCAGCUGGUGGGGAUGAUGAGGAGGCUCAAGAAUACGCUCCGAUCGAGGAUACAUACUCCCCGAUAAUCCAUCGUGUCAACCAGGCUAUUCGCUUUCGUGUAGUCCACCCUGACAAGCCACUUGGUCUGGACUCUGAGGUGCUUACAAGGUACUCAGUUCCGCCUCGGAAGGUCACUUCUCACGCCAAAGACCAAAUAGAAAGGCUUAUCAAGGUCGCCGAAGUUAAGAAAGUGCCUCCAAAGGCGAAGGGCAAACGUCAACGCGAGGUUGUCAAGCCGAUUUCAGGCCUCGACGUUGACGCCUUGUUGAACAAUUCGAGCAACGGAUCUAGCAAGGCAAAGCGAGCAAAGAUCUCUGCCGAGAACUCGGUGCCCGAGUUCAAGCAGAUGCUAGCAUCGGCUGACAAGGUCGAGACUAUCGAGAACGCUACUAAGCAGAUGGGCGAGGUAGUAACAUCAUUCAUCAAUACCAGCAUGGGUGAUAUGAACUAUGACCGCGCUGCAGAAAACAUGCGGGUCAUGAGGGAUGAGCUUGUUGCGCUGGAGGAGCCUGUGUUCUACAACGAUUUUUUGAAGUCUCUCAAGACCAAGAUUGUAUCGGGAGAACUCAACGGGGACAGGCGCGAGAUGUGGUGGAGGAUCAAGUUCGAAAAGCUGGGCUUGAUCACCAAGAAGGAAUCCGAGGUAUCCAGCGUCACAGAAGAGGAGGCUGUCCAGUUUUUCAAAACAUCUUGAGCGUUGUUUAUGUUUGUCAAUUUCACGAGCUGCUUAAUGCUGGGCAUUUUAUGUAGAAUACGGGCUGGGAUUAUUGUUUGGCUUGGGGCGUUGUGCAGUCUAGUUGAUUGAUUGGUAGAUGUCAUGGCUUUUGUGAGACGUGGGAUGACAUUUAGGUACCACCCAAAAUCCUACUUCAUUCUGCUCACUUUUUGUGACAUAUCAAGCCAUCAUCCUGUUUGCAUCCUUGAAAUAAACAAUCAAGCAACCUUGAAGAAGCA